CUGCUUAUCUCUUGCCUAUAUUGACCUCUAUUUGCUCUCAAAAUUAAUGGAGGAGAAGGAGGAGGACAAACACUCCCUCCUCCAACCACUGAUCAUACCCUCUCUCAUCCCCUCCUCCACCACCAACACCACCUUAUACUCACUCUGCAACCCACACCACCACCACCAAAAUGAUCCUAGAAACAAUAACACAAAACUCUUCAUCUCAGACAAAAGCAUCAUUCACCGAGUGAUACUACUUCUCCUCGUAUCAAUCCUCUCAAUAUGGGCAAACCACGAAGCCUCCAAAACCUUCCAAAUAACCUUAGUAAACGACACCAACGACACCCCCGCCGCCCGUCGUUUCGCCCUCAACUACGUCUCAAACGACAGAGCCGCCCGCAUACUCCUCAACACAAGCUCCUUUGUAGAAAAACUUCUCUACCCUCAUCACAAUGACACCAAGAAGCACGUAGAAAGCGUCACCCUCUGCCUCACUCGCCGAAACACCACCACCGUCUACGCCGCCGGAGAAGGCUCCUCCAGCUACGUCAUUGACAUUAGUCCUGCGUUAUUUGAAUAUGAUGGGAAGAACCACCACCACGAGGAAGUAGCUGUGGUAGGUGCAGUCCUACGUGGCAUGGCACGAGUGUGGCUGUGGAACGGUGGGUCUAGGGCCCCCAUUGGGCUUCUCGAUGGCAUGGCGGAGUACAUAGCCGAGGUUGCCGGAUUCCGCCGUGAGGGGUUGCCGGAGUGUGGACAAGAGGAGGAGGCUCUUGGUGGUUUGCGGUGGUGGGAGGAUAAGGAACCUGCGCAUGUGGCACGUUUGUUGCAUUAUUGUGAAGAUUAUUACAAGAAAGGGUUUAUCCGACGGUUGAAUGAAGCCAUGAGGGACACGUGGCAUGAUCGUGUGGUGGAGGAUGUGCUUGGGGUACCAUUGACAACGAUGAGGCCUUGUGGUGGGGAUAAUGUUUCUUGGCCCAAUCAGAUAUGAAUUGCUCUUUUAUUUAUUUAUUAAUUUAUUGCAAAUUGAUUUGUAUAGCUUGUUUAUUUUGUUCCCAUUUGUUGUUUAUAAUUGCUAAUGGAAUUGAUAUUUAGGUAAAAUAUUGUGGUUUGUGAGUUGACAAAUGUAUAGAAAUUUUGCUA